CGAGCACGCUAGUAUCUAGCCCAGGAACUUUUCUGCGACUGCGCAUUCCAACAGCCGUCUCAACGUCCUGAUUGGAGGGCCACCAUCAUAACCCUCGACCUCCUUGAUACCACCAACGAGUAGCAAUGGCAAAAGCAGUACUUGCUGGCAGUACCGGCCUCGUCGGCUCCAACAUCCUCUCCACCCUCCUCGGCCACCCCUCCUUCUCCUCCGUCUUCGCUUUCUCGCGCCGCGACUUACCCAACCCCAAUGGCUCCACCAAGCUCCAACCCAUCAUAUCCGGCGAUUCUGCGCAAUGGGCGUCUCAAUUCCCCUCAACCGAAGCUCCCAAGAUAUUCUUCAGUGCCCUCGGCACCACGCGCGCAAAAGCCGGCAGUGUCGAAGCCCAGCGCAAAAUUGACUACGAUCUCGCUCUCGAUCUAAGCAAAGCCGCCAAACAAGCCGGCACAGAGGUAUGCGUCCUCAUCUCGAGCAAGGGCGCGGAUGCAAAGUCAUAUUUUGCAUAUCCGAAGAUGAAAGGCGAAUUAGAGGAGGCGAUUAAGGCUCUAGGCUUCAAGCAUACGGUUAUAGUGCGGCCCGGGGUGAUUGUUGGGGAUAGAGAAGAGAGUAGGCCGGCUGAGGCAGCACUUAGGAGUGUGGCUCAAGGCUUGAAGGGAUUGGUUGGGAGUGGCAAGUUGACGGAUUCAUGGGCGCAGGACGCGGAUGUUAUUGCGAGGGCGGCGGUGAAGGCUGGAGUGACAUGUUUAGAGGGGAAGAGGGAAGAAGGCGUGUGGGUGGUGUCGGGGGAGAUUGUUGAGCUGGGCAAGGCGUAGGGGUGUGUUGGAUUGAGAGGAGGAGAGGUGGUGGCUUGGAAGAGCGUGUGAUGAUGUUAUACCCGAUCCAAUUCUUUGGUCUUGAUCUACGAAUAAUACGUGGUAUUAUUUGGCUGCAUAGGAGCGCUGGACCCGUCCAUUCACGCCGCAAAUUUCCUCGGAAAACAGUCCACCAAUCGUGGUAUACAGCUCCGAAUGCCUGCGUCCCCUGAUUGCAAUUCACGACGACGACGACAAUAACCAUAACGACAGUC